GCAUUGUGAAAUAACAUCACUUGUAAAUCACUAGUACAUCGAUAAACAUGGCAGAAUUAGAACCAGGUCCUCUGCAUCUUGCUUGUAAGAAUGGUCACUAUCAGACUGUGGAAACUCUCCUGAACCAUGGAUACAAUGUGAAUGGAACAGAUAAUGAUGGAACCACCCCUCUCAUGUUGGCAUGUGCAUAUGGCCACACUGACAUUGCGAUACUGCUGCUGAGUAGAGGAGCACAAGUACACAUGCAAAAUAAUGAUGGGCGGUCUGCUCUGAUGCUAGCAAGUCAUAAUGGACAUAGCGAUGUCGCUAAAAUAUUGAUAGAAAAAGGAGCACAAGUGAACAUCCAAGAGAAUGAUGGGUGGUCUGCUCUGAUGAUAGCAAGUGAAAAUGGACAUAGCGAUGUCGCUAAAGUAUUAAUAGAAAAAGGAGCACAAGUGAACAUCCAAAAUAAUAAUGGGUGGUCUGCUCUGAUGAUAGCAAGUCAAAAUGGACAUAGCGAUGUCGCUAAAAUAUUGAUAGAAAAAGGAGCACAAGUGAACAUGCAAUUAAAUAAUGGGUGGUCUGCUCUGAUGAUAGCAAGUAAAAAUGGACAUAGCGAUGUCGUCAAAGUUUUGAUAGAAAAAGGAGCACAAGUGAACAUGCAAAAGAAUGAUAAAUGGUCUGCUCUGAUGAUAGCAAGUCUUAAUGGACGUAGCGAUGUCGUUAAAGUAUUGAUAGAAAAAGGAGCACAAGUUAACAUGCAAAAGAAUGAUGGGCGGUCUGCUCUAAUGUCAGCGAGUAAAAAUGGGAGAAAGGAAGUAGCUCAGAUAUUACUCGAUCAUAACGCUGAUACAAGUAUCCGAGAUACUAACGGUAAAACUGCACUAAGUUGGGCAUGUGAGACAGGGCAUGCUGAAAUAGUGGAGUUGUUGCUAUCUUUUGAGAGCAAAGACGCUACCUCAGGCAGCACAGAUCAAUUUUCAGAACUCCAAUCUCUAGCGGAACGGAUACAGAUCGAAAAAGGACAAGAUGUAGAAGCUGCCAUAAGCACAGUACAAGGGAAUGAUUUGGAUGCAUUUCACCACACACAAGAUAUGCAGAAAACUGAACAAAAAUCCCCGGAGCUGUCUCUGAAAGUGUUGUCUAUGGAACUGAAGACGGUGACUGACCCGAUACAACUGGGCGUCGGCCUGGGAGUGGCACAGUAUCACCUGGAGAUAAUAAGGAAAAACAACCCUCAAGACAUAGGACAGCAACAGUUCGACCUUUUCUCGUUUAUUGCCAAGAACUACAUGGUGCUGGGGAUCACAUGGGAGAGGAUUGCUGACACUCUGGAGGAGUUGGUGGGCAUGGGAGAUUUGGCACAGGAAAUUAGGAGCAAGUAUAACAUUGUCAAACCUCAAAAGGUUACAGGUGAAGGCAAACCAACUACUGAAUCAGCCAACAAGGAGUAUAUAUCAGAUGACCUGGUUCUGUUCAAAGAUAAGCCCAUCGGAAGUGGUGCAUUCGGUGAAGUAUUCAAAGGAGAAGUGAAUGGACAGCCUUGUGCCAUCAAAUUGCUACAUGCAGUCGCCAGUGAAAUACAAACAAGGAUACCAACUGCGGGUCUCGCCUCAACAGAUUCUGUUGAGAGGUUUUGUAAAGAAUGUGAAUUCCUCGAGUCAUUUCAACAUCCCAAUAUUGUUCGUCACUUAGCAACCAAGAAGCAUCCUGAAACUAACCACCUUGUCCUUGCUCUAGAACUAAUGGACUGCAACCUGCGACAAUAUUUCACUCCUCAGGCUGACAAAGAACCCGUCAAGCUCUCACUAGCUAUCCAGACCAGCCUCUGUCAUGACAUAGCCUCGGCACUCGAGUACAUCCACUCACGAGGGGUGGUACACAGGGACCUCUGUGGAGAGAACAUUCUGCUGUCCUGUGGAGGGGAAACCCCCGUUGCUAAAGUGUGCGAUUUUGGAAUGUCUAAAAUCACCAAGAGUGAUGCUCGAAGUGUAUCACUGCAAGCAUUCGCUCACAAAGGAUUCAUGCCACCAGAAGCUAUUUCUAUGCAGUCAUUGUGUUAUAACUCGAUGUUUGAUAUAUUCUCAUUUGGUGCUCUAAUGGUUCAAAUAGUUCGCCAUCUUCCCACCAUUAAAGACAGGAAAGAACGUAAAGAUGAAUUAGAACUAAUCGAAAACGCUCACCCUAUCAGAAAACUUAUAAGGAAGUGUUUGAAGAAGAACAGAGACAAUCGACCCUCGGCUGCUCACCUAAAGAGGAGACUGGAAACGUUAUAGACAGCUAGGACUAUAAAAGCUAUAAUAAUUCUGCUGUAAGUGUACAUGUAUUUCCAUUUUCAACAUCGUGCAGAGGGUAAAUGACCUUUCGUUGAUUCACAA